CUCCGCGCUUUACGGCACCUCUCACACACAUGGGAACCGGCUCUUUACGACAGUCAGAGCUGCAGCGGCGUGCUGGGUGAUGGGCUGAGUAGGAGCAGGUGACACAAGGAUGGGCGACCCAGAUAGGAUACUUAGUGCAUCCCCCAACUGGUAUUGCAGCCGCGCCAGUGAUGCAGCUGGAGGCCUCUUUGGAUACGCUGCUCGUAAUUCUGUGUGCUUACUUCGAAUAAGCCCCCAAGAGCCUGGAUUCUAUGGGGAGCUGGUUGGGCAUACAGACAGGGUAUCCAGCUUUGCCUUUUCCCACUUCUCUGGUCAGUCUCACCUCUGUGCCAGCAGCUCUGAUGACGGAUCUGUGAAAGUUUGGGACACCCAGACGAAGAGCAUUGUGACCGAACACAAGCUCCAUCGGAACACAAUCUCUGCCCUUCACUGGUCUCCCCUGGUGAAGGACCUGCUGGUAACCGGGGAUGAGAAGGGAAUUGUGGUUUGCUUUUGGUGUAACCGAAAUGAUGGACAGCAGUUCUUUCCUGAGCCGAGGACCAUUGUCUGCCUGUCCUGCUCGCCGCACCAAGAGGAUCUGGUGGCUGUGGGGUACAAGGACGGCAUGGUUGUCCUGAUAGACAUCAGCCGCAGAGGAGAGGUCACACAUCGUUUGCGUGGACAUGAUGAUGAGAUCCACUGCCUGGUAUGGUGCCCGCAGCCCCGAGAGGAAGACCUAACCCAAAAGCUGGAGGGGGUACCAGGAGUGGAAUGGAAUUCAACCAAUGGCGAUCUACUGCCUGAGACUGAGCACAAGGGCUGCUACCUGGCCUCGGGCUGCAAAGAUCAAACUGUCCGUAUCUGGAGUUCCUCUACAGGCAAAGGCAUUAUGACCCUGAAGCUCCCCUAUCUGAAGCGGCGUGGAGGGGGCACUGAUCCAGCGAUGAAGGAGCGGUUAUGGCUAACACUGCACUGGCCUCACGGGCGACCAACUGAGUUAUUGUCCAGUUGCUUUGGGGGGGAGGUGCUCCUGUGGGAUUUAACCAGGACUGGGAAACAGAAAUGGAGUCUCCUGGGCUCUUCGGAAGGACAGAACCACACUCGGAUUGUGUUUAACCUUUGUUCGCUUGUUACAGAGGAAGGGACAGAGUUGCUGCUGUCUACCUCUAUGGAUCGGGAUGUGAAAUGCUGGGACUUGGGUUCCCUGUCUUGCUGCUGGUCACUGAGCUCAUUAGGUGGCUUUGUGUACAGCCUGGCUUUCUCUCCUGUGGCAGCCGGAUGUCUGGCGGUCGGCGUAGGUGAUAGCAUGAUCCGUGUGUGGAACACGCUCUCAGUAACAAAUGCAUACGACGUGAAGACGCUGUGGCAGGGCAUCCGGUCCAAAGUGACUGCGCUUUCCUGGCAUCCUACCAAAGAAGGCAGCUUGGCAUUUGGAACGGAUGACGGCAAAGUUGGGAUAUAUGAUGCCUUUUCCAGCAAGCCCCCUCAGAUUUCCAGCACGUACCAUAAGAAGACUGUGUAUGCCCUGUGUUGGGGACCUCCACUGCCUCCAUUCUCAUUCGGUGCAGAGGGGGACCGGCCCCCAUUCUCCCUGUACAGCUGUGGUGGGGAGGGGGUGAUCUUCCAGCACAACCCCUGGAAGCUGACUGCGGAGGCACACGAUAUUAACAAGCUCAUCCGGGAUACAAAUGACAUUAAACACAAGUUACCAACGCACACAGAGAUGAGCUGGAAACCAGACUGUCAACAUUUGGCCAUUGGUAAUGAAGAUGGGAGCAUUGAAAUCUUUCGGGUUCCGAACCUUCAGCUGAUUUGCACUAUUCAGCAGCAUCACAAACUGGUGAAUGCACUUCGCUGGCACCAUGAUCAUAGCGAGGACCCAAAGCUCAGCUUCCUCCUGGCAUCAGGAUCCAACAACGCUGUCAUCUACGUACACAACCUGAAGGGGGCACUGGAAAGCUGUGGCGAUGCCCCCGUAACCAUCACAGACCCUUUCCGCACUCUGUCUGGGCACACUGCAAAGAUUACAAGUCUCUCAUGGAGUCCUCACCAUGACGCCAAGCUGGUAUCAGCUAGCUAUGAUGGAACUUCUCAGGUUUGGAAUGUACUUCAAGAAGAGCCAGUUAGUAACUAUCAGGGUCACAAAGGACGACUGCUCUGUGUCCAGUGGUCUCCAGUGGAGCCAGACCAGGUGUGGACGGGGGCAGAUGAUUUCUGUUUGCACAACUGGUCCAUAUCGAAGCAGGAGCAUAGUCGACCCCCAAAAGGAAAGAAAUAUUUUGAUCUGGAAAAGAAACGUUCAUUGCAACCUAAAAGCAAGAUAAAGAAAAAGAAGAAGACGGACAGCGUUCAUCAGGACGGGGCAGGAGACGCAGUGAGCAGGGAACAAGAGAGCCCUCUUCUCCUGACACAGAAUGGGGCAUCUGAUCAAGAAGAGGAUCAGGUCCCUCCUGAGAUAACAUCAGACAAAGCGACACCGCUGGAAGCUGCAGCAGAAUUUCCUAUUGUGCCAGAUAUGCCCCCAUCACCCACUAUGGAGAAACAACGUCCUAGCCCAACCAUUAAGAAAAUGCUGCUUAAAAAGGAGAAUCCUAAAGAUAAAGCAGAUCCGCACAGCCGGAAGAAAAAGUCUCGGUCUCUCCUUCCCAUUAGCACCAACAAAGAUCAUCGUUCCAAGGAAGAGCAGCAUAAGGACUGUGUGAAACUGGCGGCAGCUUUAUGUUCCAAAGGAGAUACGACUGUGACUGAAAAUUUAGCAGCGGAUCCGCAUGCCCUGAUUGAGGACUCUGCACAUCUAGGUCUCUACAGUGACCGGACUACACUGCACCGGCUCAUGGAGGAAGAGGGAAAAGCACACCUGGAGAACGGCCACCCUGAGCUCCAGCAUCAGAUUAUGCUGUGGAAAGGUGAUCUGAAGGGGACGCUGCAGUUGGCCGCAGAGAGGGGAGAGCUUACAGACCAGCUGGUGGCUCUGUCUCCUAUGGCUGGAUACAAAGUCUGGGUUUCGGCAGUGGAAGCCUUUGCGAAACAGCUUUGUUUCCAGGAACAAUAUGUGAAAGCGGCUUCUCACCUCCUGUCCAUUAACAAAGUUUAUGAAGCUGUGCAACUCCUGAGAGGAAACCACUUAUACAGAGAAGCCAUUGUUGUGGCUAAAUCUCGUCUGCUCCCAGAUGACCCCGUUCUCCAGGAGCUGUACACCAGCUGGGCCACCAUACUGGAGCAGGACGGCCACUUCUCCAUGGCUGCUAAGUGUUACUUGGGAGCAUCAUCUCCGUACGACGCAGCUAAAGUCCUUGCCAAGAAAGGGGACCUGCUGUCUCUGAGCACUGCAGCUGAACUUGCGCUAAUUGCAGGAGAGAAGAGCCUGGCGUCUUCGUUUGCGUUACGAUGUGCACAGGAGCACGUUGCUGCUAAGAACUGGGUCGGGGCCCAGCAGUCUCUGCAGCAGCACCCUAGCCUUCUGGGACAGAGGCUGGUUUUCUGCACUAGUGAACUACUGUUUAAUCACCUAGAGGAGAAGACUCCGGUAGAUUGGAAGACACAGUCGGCACCAUGUUUUCAUGACUGGAUGGUGAACGGCAACAGGGAACCUUUCAUUAGUAAACUUGCUGGCCUCUGGCAGAAAGAGUAUGGGGUCUGCACAGCUGACCAGUAUACGGAGGCCUAUCAGCAGCUUUGUGCAUCGGAGGCCCCUCCAACCACUGCCAACACCAGCCCCAAGCAGCUGCUGCUCUACAUAGCUCAGGAGGUGGCGCUGUCCGCUCUAAGUUACCUCUUAAAGAAUUGGGAUGAGGCGGCACCUGCUUUACUUCGAGCCCUCUCCUGCUGUCAUCAGGCCGGACAAUUUACAUUAAUGCAGGAAAUUUCCCAGCUGCUGCUUCCAGAUGGCUGCGAUGAGCUGAAAACUAACCUCAACCCAGACAACAAACACAGUUCUGCUGCCUGUGACAGUCUGCAGGCCUUCAUAGCCUAUCUACACCUGUAUGAGGUAUGGUGGGGUGAGCAACGCAGUCAUCCUGUGCUGGAGCUAGAGACCUCGGCUGGUGGAGAUGCAGCCCUCCCUGCACCAGCAGAGGAGUGCACUAUGAGAAUACUGCCUGACUUCCAGGUGCUGUUAUCAGAGCUACAUGUAGGCUUCCAGAAUGCUCAGCGGGAUAUUGCAGAUGUACAGCAAGCUCUCAGAGAGAUGAUACAGCAACAUCAGAGGGCCAGGCAGACCCAGGAUAAUUCUCUGGAGCUAGAGCAAGACUCCAGCCCAAACCCAACUCCAUCUCCAGAGGAACAGCCUGACAGCAAGAACCAGGCUUACAGCCUAAGUCCAAUCUCCCUGACCGAGCUGAUGAAGAAGCUUUCCACCGCUAACCAUAAACUAGCGGAGUUUCCUGAAUAUUUAAAGGUGUUGCCAUUUCCUGACGUGCUGGAGAGCUGCCUGGUGCUACUGUAUCUCUCCCCUUCAAAGCUGACCUCUGAUGUACGGGCACGGGCAAUGGACCUGCUGCAGAGGCACAGCUCCGGCUCCCCCGAUCACCAGAAAGCAGCCUGCAAGUUUCUGCCAUCAUCAGAAAGUGCAGUGCCCACAGCCUAGCCAGAGUUGGCCUCAAUCACUGCUUCCGGCUCUUCAGUAGCCACUGCACUAAUGGUGCCCAACACCUGCCUUCUCUUCUACCAGACACUGCAAACCACAAUCCGCAUUCAUUCAUCCAUUCAGAACAGUCCAAGAAAGAAACAUUGCUGUACAGUGAGGUCACAGGGGGCAUGGAACAUGCUGUACAAAAAAUGUACAGGUGGCUCCUUUGUGAUAACCGGAAUAGUCUUUACCUUAUUGCUGGGUACUAGGCACGGCCUGUAAAUCAUACUAACCAUACAUGUUACUUAUGAUGCAAUAUAAUGCCAAGGAACCUUUUUGUUAUUCUUAAUUUCAGCGUUUUUCUGUAUUAUGUUCUGUGCGGAGGCUGUGCUUUAAUUCUGCACUUACACAGUGACGGCAGCCGUUGUGUGGGCUGAACCAGCGUCCCUAUAAAACCAGCUUACCAAUUCCUUGGGAAUUACUAUGUGCCUCUGUGAUGUCUCCGGUACCAGUUGAACGGAGUGGCUGCAGUUUAAUGAAUACUGGAUCACCCAUAAAAUGGCUGCCCAAGAGUGUAGGAGAUGGAUGAUGGGAAAUGUGACUGCUUAUAAAUAUGCACAUAUAUCAGUCCUCUAAAAGUCAGAUCAUUUAAAACUUUUUUUUUUUAAAUAGGAAGAUGAACCCCCAAAUGUAGAUUGCUCCUGUAUGAAAAGUUACAUUGUACCAUUCAACAAGAGGUUACAUUGUCUCCAUACACUGACAGAAACUAGAUGUAUGCAACCUCUCACUAUAGUCCUCAGGUGACUGUUGUCCCCUUCGCUAGAGUUACAGACAGGAAGUCUGGCGUCCACGGCAGUAAUGUUUCCCCACAAUGUUAUCAGCCCACACUCUAUGUGAACUAGCACUUCAGGUUUUGCUGUACAUUAGUCACCAUUAUUCCCAGUACACAGGGUAAUUUAAUCUGACAUUAAAUCUCUUAAUAACUCAGAUCUCUGUUGUUCUGUGGCAAUGUGCCCUAAUGCAUUCAUUUGUCAUUUGAUUACAAUGUGAUCUGGAGAUAAUAAAAAGAUGUGUCCCAGUCACCUAUACUCAUCCUUUAAUGUAGGAGUCCUUUAUAAAGUGUAUCAAUUUCU